AUGAAGAGCUCGCUCCUUGCAGUCCUCGGUGGCGCGUCCACUGCCCUCGCCGCCGUGAAGGGGUUCAAUUAUGCCUCUCAAGGUCAAACCUACGAUUCCUUUGUGAGCCAAUUCAAGACUGCUGCGUCUCUGGCUGGCACCAGUGACUUUACCAGUGCAAGAUUGUAUACUAUGAUUCAGGAAGGGACGACCAACACCCCCAGUUCUGCUUUCCAGGCUGCUCUUGAUACCAACACGACCCUCCUGCUGGGCCUCUGGGCGUCAGAAGAUCAAGACACCUUCAACAACGAACUCAGUGCUCUCCAAUCUGCCAUCUCCCAGUACGGCUCCGCUUGGGCCGACUUGGUUGUCGGCAUUUCGGUGGGCAGUGAGGACCUCUACCGGAUCUCGCCUACUGGCAUUGCUGCCAACAGCGGCGUGGGUCAAUCGCCCGAUGUGCUGGUCAGUUACAUUGGCCAAGUUAGAAGCGCCAUCCAGGGCACCGCUCUUGGUUCUAAGCCCGUUGGUCAUGUUGACACCUGGAAUGUUUAUGUCAAUGGUUCCAAUGCCGAAGUCAUCUCAAACUGUGAUUUCCUAGGUCUCGACGAAUACCCCUACUUCCAGACCACCGAUUCCAACGGCAUCGACAACGAAGGCUUCCUUUUCUUCCAGGCCUACGACAGAGUUGCCGCAGUCGCCCAAGGGAAGCCAAUCUGGAUCACCGAGACUGGCUACCCAGUCUCUGGACCUACCUCGAAUCUCGCUGUCCCUGGUGUAGACGCCGCCGAAGAAUACUGGCAAGCAGUUGCUUGUGCCCUCGAAAACCGCGGCAUCGAUUUCUGGUGGUACAUCCUUAAUGACGAAGGCGCUUCACCAUCGUUUGGCGUCAGCAACAAUGGUCAACCCCUCUACAAUCUUGCCUGUAACUCGACCGCAGGCUACACAUCCACCUCAUCAUCCAACUCCUCGACGCCGGCUACUUCCUCCAAAGGCAGCAACAGCACCUCAACUUGGCACAACGGCUCCGGAUCAUCAACUACCCCAAGCGCCGGCAGUGCUUCUGCCACGGAAUCCAGCAGCCCCGGUGGCACUUCCGUAGCUGCUGAAACUGGUUCGCUCGCAUCUGGUUCGAAUGGGGCGGCCUCUGCUGCUGCAACAGCCACUGCAACGGCGACCCAGAAUGGGGCAUCUACUACUUCCGCGUCUUCUUCCUUCACGGGCGCUGCUUCUCGGGUCGAGGGCUCAAUGGCAGGCCUGGCAAUUGGAGCGGUCGCCGCUGCGCUGCUUUUGUAG